GUUGGCUUCAUUGUGGAGAGGGAGGAAUGCACUGGAGAAGUGCGUCUGCAAUACGGCAUGGGUGGACAAAAUAAUGAGGGGAGAUCAACUCGUUGCUUCCGUGAGGUCAGCUCCAUCAUGUUGAGACGAGACUGGUUUUGGGACAAGGUGGACAAAACCCUCGCAGUGAUGUCUCCUGUUGUGGAGCUGUUGCACCUGGUCGACGGGCCAGGGGCAACAAUGUUGAAGGUAUACUUUAAGAUGGAUGCGCUCAUCGAGAGAAUGCAUGGCCUUGACUACGUCAUCGCGGGUGAGAAGGAUGGCAUUGAGGGCAUUCUAAUGCAUUUGUGGUCCUUCAUGACUAGCGAGCUGCAUUGCGCGGCUGCCUUCCUUGACCCGGAGUACCGACACAGUGCACUGUCAGAGCGGGAUCGGGAGCCGCAAGCCGCUAAAUUACUUGACCAAGCAAGCUUGUCCACUGCAUAUGAGUGGAAUUGGAGCUUCAAUGAACUCAUUUUUGGAAGACGGCGCACGAAGCUCGUGUCAGAGAGAUUGUCAAAGUUGGUGUCCAACAAUUGGAACACCCAAUUGAUCGGGAGUUACAUCCGUGGCAGUAAGGAGGAGGUUCACAUACCUUGGGAGGAUGACCAACCGACGGAGGCGGAAGUUGAGGAGUGGUAUAACACGUGGGUAGCGACGACGGUGUCCAAUGACGAUGACGCAACAGACACGCCUGGUGACGUGGAGGUGGAAGAGGAGGAUGAAGACGAGCCACUUAUGCGAACUUGGUUGCGAAAUGACGAGAGGGAUGACCAAGAGUGUGAGGAGAAGGACAUAGCCCUCGUGGACUUGAGGGAAAAGGACUGGCACGAGUGCAGAAAACCUGACCGCUAUAGGGAACACGAGCUGCGAAGGAAAUCAGACCAUUCGCAACCCUUGCCGUUAGGGAUGCGUCCAUCCUCAGAAAACGUGGAAAAAAAAAGAACGCAACGGAAGGACGUGGAGGAGGUGGUUCUGGUGGCAAAGGGGGGCGACGUGGACAGAGGGCCAAAACCCAUGAGGGGCCGACCGUCAAACAUGGACCUGGAAGAAAGGAAAGCCCAGAAAGUGGAAGCGAAGGAUGAAAAGGCAACUGAUGCAGCAGCAACAACGAGAAGUGCGACUGCCAAAAAAAGAAGGAAGAAAAAGGCGCACAACAAUGCUAUCGAUGAUGACAAAAGCGGCGAUGAUGUGGUGGCAGCAAUUGACAACUUGAAUGAUGCAACAACAGCAGGCGACGAGGCGGCAACAACACCUUCGUUGGCAUCCUCAUCUUUCUCGUCGAAGGAUCAAGAUGCGAAUGGGAGUGGGGUGGACUCCAUGGAACACGGUGAAUGAGAUGGGGACAACACGAGAGAGAGUUGAGCAUCAGAGCUCACUCCUUCUGCGAACUUUCAAACUACGAAGUUCGAUUUUCAAUUUCAUAA